UGGCGAAACAAAAAACCAAGACAGUUCUGUGGCUGGUCAGUCAUUGUAAAACCCAAUCUAAACGAGAAGAUUACGUUAUAGAAAUGAAGAAAUACGUUGAUGUUGAUGUCUUCGGACGAUGCAGCAACGCUAGCAUAUGCCGACAGCCCAACGCAAGCGCCCACUGUCUAACGCUCCAGUUCAACACAUACAAAUUCUAUCUGUCUUUUGAAAACUCCAUAUGCAAAGACUACAUCACGGAAAAAUUAUUCCGAGUUUUUUUACCGAACAUCAACGUGAUCCCGGUAACUCGAGGUGGGGCUGAUUAUGCUAGGAACAUUCCCGAAGGUACUUAUGUUGAUGCCAAUAAAUUCAACACAGCUAAGGACUUGGCGUUGUAUUUGAAGAGUAUGAGCACCGAUGUUGAACGCUACAGCGAGAUGCUGAGAGCGAAAGAUCAAUAUCGACUGGUGAACAGGCCAAAUGUUUACUGCACCGUCUGCAACAAAUUGAGGAACGCACGUCUCAAGCCGAAAGUCUACGAUAUCAAAGAUUGGUUGGAGAGGCAAUGCCGAAAUCCAAAUUCAUUUACUUGAGUUUUAUACAGUAGAGAAAUUCAGAAACUUUCGUAUUUGUAAUACAUCAUUAUUUA